AUAAAACCAACCAAAGCCCUAGUAAGAAAGUUUAAUCAAAAGCCCUACAAAAUUGAUUUCUCUCCAUCACAUUGGCGCCACCCCUACACCACGCCGAUUUCUUCUCCAACGCCGCCGUUCACACCAGCCCUCCGCACUCUGUGAUAAACUGCCGAGAGCAUGGGGAAGGACGGGGAAGGCGGCGAGCAGCCGCACAAGUCUCAUAGGGUUCGAAAAUCUGGAGCUUCCGCCAAGAAGAAAUCCAAGUCGAAGCCGAAUUCAACCGAAGGCCUUUCUAAGGAGCUGCAGAAGAUAAACAACCCUAAGGCAUUUGCAUUCACUUCUUCUAAGAAAGCCAAGCGGCUCCAAUCACGAGCUACAGAGAAGGAACAGAAAAGGCUUCAUUUACCAACAAUUGAUCGGAAUAUAGGAGAACCCGCUCCAUUUGUUGUUGUAGUCCAGGGACCUCCACAGGUGGGGAAGUCAUUGUUGAUCAAGUGUCUGGUAAAACAUUACACAAAGCACGACUUACCUGAAGUCCAAGGACCAAUUACUAUCGUGUCAGGCAAACAACGGAGGUUGCAGUUCGUGGAGUGUCCAAAUGAUAUCAAUGGGAUGAUAGAUUGUGCCAAAUUUGCUGAUUUAGCUUUGCUACUUAUUGAUGGGAGCUAUGGCUUUGAGAUGGAAACAUUUGAGUUUCUUAACAUAUUACAAAACCAUGGAUUUCCCAGAGUAAUGGGUGUUCUUACUCACCUGGACAAGUUUGAGGAUGUAAAAAAACUUAAGAAAACAAAACAACGACUCAAGCACCGUUUUUGGACUGAGAUCUAUGAUGGAGCAAAAUUAUUUUACUUAUCUGGCCUUAUUCAUGGAAAGUACACCAAACGUGAAGUACAUAACCUAGCAAGGUUUAUUUCUGUAAUGAAAUUCCCCCCCUUGUCAUGGAGAGCUUCUCACCCUUACAUCUUAGUAGAUCGUUUUGAAGAUGUCACACCCCCAGAGAAGGUUCACAUGAAUAGCAAAUGUGACAGAAAUGUUACGUUGUAUGGAUACUUACGAGGCUGCAAUCUGAAGAAGGGUACACGGGCACAUAUUGCUGGCGUGGGUGAUUAUCAUUUGUCUGGAGUUACAGCAUUGGCCGAUCCUUGCCCUCUUCCCUCAGUUGCCAAAAAGAAGGGGCUGCGUGAUAAGGAAAAGCUAUUUUAUGCCCCUAUGUCUGGAUUAGGGGAACUACUUUAUGACAAAGAUGCUGUCUAUAUAAACAUAAAUGAUCACUUUGUACAGUUUUCUAAAGAUGACGGAGCUAAUCCAGAAGGGACAGAAAAAGGAAAACAACGUGAUGUUGGUGUUGAAUUGGUUAAAUCAUUGCAGAACACUAAAUAUUCUGUCGAUGAGAAGUUGGAAAAAAGUAAUAUCUCAGUUUUUGGGAAAAAGCCUCACAUAUCUGAGGCUCCAGAAGCGGUUGGUCGGGAUGUGCUAUUGGAGCCUGUAGAUCACUAUGAAUCUGACAUUAAAGAUGAAGAUAGUGAUUCAGAUGAAGAGGAUGAUACUGAUGAUGAAAAUGAUCCGGAAUCCUUAGAGAAAGAUCAUUCGACACAAAGCAACUAUAAGGAAGAGUUUGAUUUGGAUAGGGGAAGGGUGAGGAGAAAAGCUGUUUUUGAAAAUGAAAUGGAUAUUGAUAAUAAGGAUUCUGGUGAAGAUGAUGACUCAGAUUCAAAUGACAGUGAUGAAACAGAAAAAGGCGAUGAAGACAUGCUUUCUGAUUCUGGUUCUUCAGAAGAUAAAGAAGAUGAGAUGGGGAACAUUUCCAAAUGGAAGGAGUCCUUGUUAGAACGAACCUCCUCUAGACGGAAUAUUAAUCUUGAGCAACUUGUUUAUGGGACGUCUGGAUCAAAAUCUUCAGAUGAUAUGAAGGAUGCUGUUGAGGAGGAAAGUGAUGAAGAAUUUUUUAAGCCCAAAGGGGAAGGAAAAAAGAAAUCAAAUGAAGGAAUAAAUGACAACGAUGUUGACAUCGAUGACUGUUCAAAAUUUGUAAGUACUGGAAGCCUCAAGGAUUGGAAGAAUGAGGACUUAAUUGAAAGUAUUCGUGAUCGUUUUGUCACCGGAAACUGGUCGAAUGCAAAAGCGAGAAAUGAACUCUCCGAAGGAACAGUUGGUGAUGAUGGUGAAGUUCUUGGUGAUUUUGAAGACUUGGAAACAGGUCAAAAGUACGAGGGAGAUCAUACAGAUGAUGUUGGUAUCUCCAACAAGGAUGAUGCAUUGGCUGCUGAGGAACGGAAGCUGAAAAAGUUGGCUCUUCGUGCAAAAUUUGAUGCUCAAUACAAUGGUUCAGAAGCUCCUGAUGAAGAAGAAGAUGGCAAAGAUGACACCAAGACUAAUCGUGGUCAAAGCAAUGGAGAUGGAUACUCUGACACGUUAAAGGAGAAAAUGGAACUGCAGAAGCAAACAAACAUUGCUGAGCUUGCCGAUGUUGAUGAAGAUAAACGUGUUGAGAUAGAAGGUUUCAGAACUGGGACUUACCUUAGAAUUGAAGUUCGUGACGUGCCCUAUGAAAUGGUUGAUAAUUUCAAUCCUUUUCAUCCGAUUCUUGUUGGUGGCCUUGCUUUGGGGGAGGACAGUGUUGGAUAUAUGCAGGUACGGUUGAAGCGGCAUAGAUGGCACAAGAAAGUAUUGAAGACUAGAGACCCUAUAAUCAUGUCUAUUGGGUGGAGACGCUACCAAACUGUACCAAUAUAUUCUAUUGAGGACCGUAAUGGUCGACUUCGAAUGCUCAAAUACACUCCAGAGCAUAUGCAUUGUCUGGCAAUGUUUUGGGGCCCACUUGCUCCUCCUCAUACUGGGGUUGUUGCUAUACAGAACUUAUCAAAUAAUCAGGCAUCAUUUAGGAUUACUGCUACUGCUACAGUCCUAGAGUUCAACCAUGCUGCAAAGAUAAUGAAGAAGCUCAAGCUAGUCGGUACUCCCUGUAAAAUCUUCAAGAAGACGGCAUUCAUUCAGGACAUGUUUACUUCAGAUCUUGAAAUAGCUAGGUUUGAAGGUGCUUCUGUUCGAACUGUUAGUGGAAUUCGCGGUCAAGUGAAGAAGGCUGCUAAAGGAGAGAUUUCGAACAAGCCCUCUAAGAAGGGUGGAGGUAAGGAGGGUGCCAUCGUCAGAUGCACAUUCGAGGAUAAAAUUAAAAUGGGCGACACUGUUUUCUUGCGUGCAUGGAUUCAGGUGGAAGUCCCUCGCUUUUACAACCCUCUGACAACAGCCUUGCAGCCGCGUGAUAAGACGUGGCAGGGAAUGAAAACAGUUGCCGAGUUGAGGAGGGAACAUAACCUUCAAGUGCCAGUUAACAAGGAUUCUCUCUACAGGCCUGUUGAAAGGAGGCCGAGGAAGUUCAAUCCAUUGGUUAUCCCCAAGUCAUUACAAGCAGCUCUGCCGUUCGCAUCAAAACCGAAGGACUUAGCUCCACGAAAACGGCCAUUGCUUGAGAACCGGAGAGCUGUGGUCAUGGAGCCUCAUGAAAGGAAAGUGCACGCACUUGUCCAACACCUUCAACUCCUUAAUACCGAGAAGACAAGAAAACGGAAACGAAAGGAGGCGGAAAAGAGAGAGGUGCUAGCAGUAGAGAAAUCAAAGGAAGAGCAGAUCUCGAAGAAGCGACAGCGGGAGGAACGAAGGGUAAGGUAUCGAGAAGAGGACAAAAUGAAGAAGAAAAUCCGCAGGAACCCACAAUCAUGAUCAUGGAUGGGUUGAGUAACCAGAUUUUUGCUGGCUUCAUGUGUUUUACUGAAAUGCAUUGUCGCAAAACCUCUUUUAGUGUCGUUCACUCGGCAGUGUGAAGUCGAAAGCCCCCUUCAUCGAGAAUCAGGCGGACAGGUAAGGCUAAAAGCAACGUUAUAGAAGGCCGGUUACGCUCUCUGUCAUUCUCAUCUGUCUAGAUAUUUGAUGGAUGAUGAUCCAUAUUUCGGUGCACUCUUGUAUACAUAGCGUGAUAGGUCUGGAGAUGAAGGAUUUUUUGUAGAAGCUAUUUUUGAAGACUUAAUUUGGAACCUAUCAUUUUCAUUAGAUGGAGUACCAAAUUAUAAACCUUUGUAGUUUGUACUACUUUUGUAGAGUGCAAUUAUUUGACUACUUUGACUUUUGAUA